GUACUCAAAGCUUUGACUACUAAUCCUACUAUAAAGUUAUACUCUCCGCUCUCAGAAUCUACCAGAAAAUCGACUAAUCUCCCAACCAUAGCGGUCGUGAAACUGUUCGGAACUUGGCUUAGUCCGUACGUUUACAGAGUAAUUUGGGCUCUGAAACUCAAAGGCAUACCUUACGAAUACAUCGAAGAAGAUCUCUCCAACAAGAGUCCUUUGCUUCUUCAAUAUAAUCCAGUUCAUAAGAAGAUCCCAGUACUCCUUCACGACGGCAAACCGAUCUGUGAAUCCACCGUCAUCCUUCGAUAUAUCGAUGAGAUUUGGCCGCAAAAUCCCUUGCUGCCUGCUGAUCCCUAUGACAGAGCCGUUGCUCUGUUUUGGAUCAAAUUUGCCGAUGACAAGAGUCCUUUACUCUCAAAGCUUUAUCGAACCGAAGGUGAAGAACAACAAGCGAUAGUGAAGGAGUGGUUGGAAAUGCUGGAAGCAAUGGAAGAACAUGCGCUGAUCGGAGGGAAAAAAUUCUUUGGCGGAGACGAGAUAAACAUGGUGGACAUUGCAUUUUGCAUGGUUGCUCACUGGCUCGGGCUUAUCGAAGACUUUGCAGGGCUUAAAAUCUUUGAGCCACACAAGUUCCCUCGAGUGAGCUCGUGGAUCCAAAAUUUCAAAUCAGUCCCUGUAAUCAAAGACAACUUGUCUGAUACUGAUAAGAUGUUAGCUUUGUUGAACCGUCGUAGGGAGAUGUUGUUGACAUCAAAAUCAAAUUAGGGUUUGGAACAUUGAUUGUAUUUUCUCCCAUGGAAGUGUUAAAUAAUAGUUAAACAAAGUUCAAAACCCUUAUCUAAGUGAUGUCGGAUAAAAUAAUAAUGUCUCUUUUGGUUAUUA